AUGGCGUCCCAGAAUGCGGAAACCACGGAAUUGAAGCAACAAGGAGCCAUAGAGACCGUCCAGGCUGCCUCUCAAGACCCCCAAUCGCACAUUCGACCGGAGACUGUCGAGAAAAAGCUGGUUGAUGAGACGCGGAAAGCGGGUCUCCCGGCCUACCAAUUCGAUCCAGACGCAUCGCCCGAAGAGAAGGCUGCCGUCGCGGAAGCUCGCGUUCCCCCAGGUUUUCACCAUGACCGAGAACCAAAGGCAGCCGGCGUGAUUACCGACAAGGAUGAUGGUACCCCGGUUCCGUAUGACCUUCCUCCCCCGAGAUCUGCGAGUACAUUGCUCGCCGACGAAAAAGCCCAGGAGACAGCAGAGGAGAAAAAGGAGGACGAGGGUGACGACGAGAAACGUUGGGCACGGGACCGAACAGGCUGGGCUCCGCGGUUUGUUCAUGAGAAAACUCAGGAAGAGCACGAUGAAGCGACGCUGUUGGACCAUCAGACGUUGUUGGAGAGCAAACUGGACGAGAAGUUCUUUGGUGAUUGGUAUCAUAAUGCGGGCGUUAUCGUUUUCGCCUGCUUAUCUUCUUGGAUUGUCGCCGUUCUAGGCGGCGGGUUGGCCUGGGUCAUGAUUAUAAUGGCCGCCUGCGGCACGUAUUAUCGAACUUCGAUUCGGCGAGUUCGACGAAAUUUCCGUGAUGACGUCAACCGCGAGAUGGCGAAGCAGCGCUUGGAAACCGAUACCGAGAGCUUGGAGUGGAUCAACAGUUUCCUGGUUAAAUUUUGGCCCAUCUAUGCUCCAGUGAUGUGCGACACUAUCAUCAAUUCCGUUGACCAGGUUCUGAGCACCUCCACCCCGGCCUUCCUGGACAGCCUACGAUUGAAGACGUUCGUUCUAGGCAGCAAACCCCCGCGAUUGGAACAUGUCAAGACCUAUCCUAAGACUGAGGUUGAUACCGUCAUCAUGGACUGGAAAUUCAGUUUCACUCCUAAUGAUACUAUGGAUUUAACUGCACGCCAGGUGAAAGAUAAGAUCAACCCCAAAGUUGUCUUGGAAGUGCGUCUAGGGAAAGGUGUUGUCAGCAAGGGUCUUGACGUGAUUGUCGAGGACAUGGCUUGUAGCGGCCUGAUGAGGGUGAAGGUGAAGCUCCAGAUCCCUUUCCCACAUAUCGAACGUGUUGAUGUGUGUUUCUUGGGCCGGCCGGAGCUUGACUACGUUUGCAAACCUCUUGGUGGUGACACGCUCGGCUUCGACAUUAACUUCAUCCCCGGUCUUGAGAGCUUCAUCAAGGAACAGAUCCACGCCAACUUAGGUCCGAUGAUGUACGAACCUAACGUUUUCCCAAUCGAGAUUGCCAAGAUGCUUGCCGGAAAUCCUGUUGACCAGGCAAUUGGUGUUGUGGCUGUUACUCUGCAUGGCGCCCGUCAGCUAAAGAACCCCGACAAGUUUGCCGGUACUCCUGAUCCGUAUGCAGUUGUCUCCCUGAACAACCGGACUGAAGUUGGUCGGACCAAGACGAUACUAGAUACCGAUAGCCCGAGAUGGAACGAGACUAUCUAUGUCAUUAUCACAUCCUUUUCUGACACUUUGACCAUUCAGCCGUAUGAUUGGAACGAAUUCCGAAAGGACAAGGAGUUGGGAACCGCCACUUUCGCCCUAGACAAGCUUGAACAAGAACCUGAGCAUGAAAGUGUGUACCUCGAAGUCUUGGCAAGCGGUCGGUCUCGGGGUUCUAUCCAUGCAGACGUUCGAUUCUUCCCCGUGCUUGAGGGUAGAAAACUGGAAAACGGUGAGAUCGAGCCCCCACCGGAGCUGAACACAGGUAUCGCUCGAUUCACGGUUGAGCAAGCCAAGGAUCUGGACGGAUCUCGAAGCAUAGUGGGACAACUUAACCCCUACGGCGUUCUGCUGCUGAAUGGCAAAGAAAUUCACAUAACAAACAAACUCAAGCGAACGAACAACCCCAUCUUCCAGAAUGCCUCGAAGGAAUUCUUAGUCACUGACAGGAAGACUGCUCGGCUUGGACUAGUGAUCAAGGAUGACAGGGAUCUUUCCAAGGAUCCCAUCCUAGGAUCUUAUCAAAUCAAGAUGAAUGAUAUGUUUAAGAUGAUGGAGAAGGGUCACCAAUGGUUCCACCUCCAUGGUGCAAAGUCUGGGCGUGCCAAACUGCUCUUGGACUGGAAACCCGUUGCCGUGGGAGGUAUCUCAGGAAGCGCGGGCUACGUCGAUCCAAUUGGUGUCAUGAGAAUCCAUUUCAAGGACGCAGCAGACCUUCGCAAUCUGGAGAAGAUGGGCAAGUCCGAUCCUUACGCUCGUGUGUUGAUUGCUGGAUACAUGAAAGGACGGACGGUGACUUUCAGAAAUAACCUGAACCCGGACUGGGACGAAGUCGUAUAUGUUCCCAUUCACAGUGUUCGUGAGAAACUCACCUUGGAAGUCAUGGAUGAGGAAUCUGUGGGAAGUGAUAGGUCUCUUGGCUCGGUGGAGAUCUCUGCAGGAGACUACGUUCAUGAGAACGAAGCUGGUGAAUACGAUAUUGAUGAUGAGAAACAGCUCGUAUCCAGUUCACUUCGCCUUGGCCAACGCGCCAAAGGGACUUUGAACUACACAGUGGCUUUCUACCCGACGAUUCCUGUCGUCAACCCGGAAGACGAAGAGGAAGAGGAGGAGGAGGAAGCUGAGGCCGAGGACGACGAAGCCGGCUUGAUGAGAAAGAGCACUGACUCUAAGCGCAAGAGCUACCAUUCCAAGUCCAGGAGUGUAGACUCAAAGAUCUCUCAAAAUGGGGCUACAAACGGCACCGCGGACGUACAGACAAACGGGCGUUCGAGCCUCGACUCCCGUCCAGGUACUGGUAGUAACUCAGAAACGAUGUCGGUGAGGUCUAUCAAGGAGGUUCCUAAAACAUACAUCUCGGUGGAGGACUUGGGCAACCAUGAAUCCGGCUUCAUCGUGUUCAAGCUCCACGAGGUCCAUCUUUCACGCAGCAAUGUACACGUGGAGAUCCUGAUGGACGACUAUAUGUUUCCAGUGUGGUCAUCUCCCAAGAUUCGCACCAAGACCGCUAAAAUUGAGGACAUUGGCGAUGCGUUUGUGCGUGAACUUGAAUUCUCAAAGAUCACUCUGCGAAUUGUCGAGAAGCUCAACGCGAAGAAUGAUGAUGAUGAGGAUAUUGUGGCCAAAUUGACAGGCGACACUUUCCCUACGCUUCAGCGCAUCUUGUAUACACCAACUGAGCUUUCCCUCCGAUCCAGCGAGGGAGAGGUGAGCAAGGUCACCGUCAGUGCGCGGUAUAUUCCUGUCACUAUGAAACUCGACCCCGCAGAAAGUAUCAACAACAUGGGAACCCUCCGCGUGGACGUCUUGGAUGCUGCCGAUCUUCCAUCUGCAGACCGAAACGGAUACAGUGAUCCGUACUGCAAAUUCCGCCUGGAUGGCAAGGAGGUCUUCAAGACCAAAGUACAAAAGAAAACCCUCCACCCUGCUUGGAACGAAUUUUUCGAGGCACCAAUCAAGUCACGUAUUGGUGCCAAUUUCCGCUGCGAUGUCUAUGAUUGGGACUUUGGCGACAAAGCCGACUAUCUCGGUGGUGUCCCGAUCAAUCUGGAGAUGCUGGACCCUUUCCAGGCACAAGAGGUUUCUCUAACUCUUGACGGAAAGUCCGGGGCUAUCAGAUUGAAACUGUUGUUCAAGCCUACUUAUGUCAUGCGCUCUCGCCAAGGAUCGUCUACUUUCUCCGGUACAUUUGCUACACCCGGGAAAAUUGUCGGUGCUCCGGUCAAAGGAGUUGGGUUUGUUGGUGGCAACGUGAUCAAGGGCGCCUCAUUCUUGGGGCGUGGGAUCAUGUCAAAGAUUCGAGGAGAUGAUUCCUCUAGCGACGAAGAACAAGAGCAGCAGAAGGAGGUACCAUCGGCCAUCUUGGUGGAAGGAGACUCGCCUUCGAGCUUGCCGCCGAAGAACGAUCUUCACCAUUCGCGCACUCGAAGUGGUGCAUCGCAUUACGGCGAUAAGCUCAGUAUUGGUGGCAAGGGCGAAAGUGGAACUGCUAGGAUAUCAGUUGUGUCCGCGAGCGGGUAUCCUCCCUCGGCCAAUGUCCGCGUGCUAGUACGCGCGCUGGGUGCGAAAGGUGCCAAGGAAGUUCUCAAGACCAAGGCUAUCAAGAGCGGAGGUGGCCCUGUCCUGUUUGAUGCUUCGAGCGAAAGCUGUCGGGUGCACAACACGACAGCGGAUGCGCAGUACCAGAUCAGGGUAGUUGACCAUUCAACGUUUGGCUCUGAUGACGUUCUGGGUGAAGCACCUUUCUUUGUUGGCGACCAGGGAUCAGUUUCUGGACAGGAGAAGACGGUGAAUGUUGGCAAUGGUGUGGUUACUGUCCGGAGCAGCUUUUCGGCCUCCUCAGACAAUCUACGGCCCGGGACAGCAUAUUCGCACGCAGGCGAUAAUGCUUCGGAGGGGGCAGACAGCCCCGACUCGAAGAAGCCUCGACGUAGCUUCCUUAGCAAACGCCAUGUCAGUGGAGCGUGA